CCUGCCUAUUAGACCUACAACGAACUCGACAACCCUGUCCAAACCGAUACCUUAUACAAUGCGGCUCACGGUUACUGGUAAUUUUCUGUUUAAACGCCUGCUGCACACGGAGAUCGCCGGCAACUAUGCCAAACAACAGCCACGAAACCUUAAGGGCCGGAGCAAAAGCUCCCAGGAGUGGCUCACUCGUCAGCUAGCAGAUCCCUAUGUGGAGAAGGCUCGAAUGAUGAACUAUCGCUGCCGCAGUGCCUUCAAGUUACUGGAGAUGGAUGAUAAAUACGGCAUAUUGCGGCCAGGGGACACUGUACUGGACUGCGGAGCUGCCCCUGGAAGCUGGACCCAAGUGGCGGUGGAGCGGACCAAUGCAAAUGGCAAGCAGGAGCGUGCGCCGCAAGGAGCCGUCUUUAGUAUAGACCUGUUGCAUUUCCAUGCGGUGCCGGGUGCCACGAUUUUCGGCGGCAUGGACUUCACAUCGACCCUCGCACAGAAGCGGUUACGCGAAUCCCUGAAUGGCCGUCAGGUUAACUGUGUCCUCUCAGAUAUGGCGCCAAAUGCCACGGGCGUAAGGAUGCUGGAUCAGGAAAGCAUCACGAAUCUUUGCUACGAGGUGCUCCGCUUUGCCAUUGCCAUGUCCGCGCCGCAGGCCCAUUUGGUGGUCAAGGUGUGGGACAACGGAGAUGUGCCCAAGCUAGAAAGCAACAUGCUUCGCUUUUAUGAAAAGGUGAAGCGCGUUAAACCUCGUGCGAGUCGAGGAGAUUCUGCCGAGCACUUUCUGGUAGCCAGGAGCUUUAAAGGAGUACCAGAAAGUAGUUCAAAAACGUAGUUUUCGUUCCUUAUUUAAAUUGUUGAAUAGUUAUGUUAAGAAGUAAGGAAAAAGCGGAAUUAUUUUUAACAUUAUGUAUUUUGUAUAGGUUGAAAAAUAUAUAUUUGUUCUAGAUUUCA